CUUUUAAAGAUUGUGGGCCGUUUCCCGCAUUCAUUUAGACUGGAUUUGGUUUUAUAUUACUAAGAAAGCUCUUUGGAGUGCGAAGACCUUGCUUACGGGGUCUUUGUUAAUAUAUUGCGAUUCGCUUCCGGCAUUUUUCUUCAACUAACACGCCCACCUACUGUAAACUUUAAGAUAAUUUUGUAAGUACGAUCAUAUCGAGGCACUGCUUAUUCAGAUUAUACAGAAAAUCUACAAUAGUAAUUGACUAAUAAUCGUAUUUUGGGGAUGUUAUGAGUAUAUUGGCAACUUUUUGGUUGGUUUCAAACCACAGUAAAUUUAGAAUGCGAGCAUUACAAUUUAUAUUUACAUCUUAUCUGUAUAUUUAGUAUCAGUUAAGUGGAAAAACGACUACAAUAUUAAGAUUAUCCGGGAACUGUAGCAGUCAGCUGACUAUCUGACACUGGGCACAAAGGCAGCGCCUUCAACAAAGCAUUUUGAUCAGGGGUGUUAUUUUUAACAAUCGAACAUGACCAACGCAAAAUCGUUCAAACGCUUUGGUGAUGAAAAGUAUAAAAACUGGUUAAAAACAGCCGAGAGUCUUUCCAUCCUGAGGAUUCGUAUGGAGGAUUUUAUCGAAAAGGAAACCGAAACCUAUCACACCGCUCUGCUGGCAAAUAAACCAGCAGAAAAAACCUGCAAAAGCGACUGCUAUUUUAAGAAUAAAAAGCUUUUCUUGUACCCAUUGGAAAGUCUUUGCGCCUUGUGUAAUGACUGGAAGAAUGAGAUCUUUGCCAAUCAUGCUACAAAGUCUAAUGUAUGUUGGGAAAACUGCAGGCCACAACUAUGGCCGACAAAUAAGUGGGAAGUUGCCAAGGCAUAUAUGUCACGUGGACACAAAGAUCAUUGUACAUUUGGCGAGUUUGAUAUUUCUGCCAUUUUUAACUUAAUGACGUCUUGCAAACAUUUUAAGGACACCCCAAAAGACUGUAUAUCUCAGGUCAUAGGUGUACGGAACAAAGUGAUGCACUCACCCGACUUCAAAAUGAGCAAUGAUGACAGAGAAAAACAUCUUAAGAAGGUCUUGGAGAUGGCUAAAAAACUUGAGCAACGAGUCCCAAAACUGAUAGGCUUGGAUAAGGAGAUAGAACAGUUUAACGACCUUUUGGACAAGAAUUUCAGCCAAGCCCCGCCUUGUGAAGUAGACGGCAGAACACAUUCAGACAUUCAGAACCUGAAGGAGAUCCAGAAAGUUCUAGAUCGUGAACAGCAGGCUAUGAAGGAUAAGUUGGAAGAGUUUUUCUUGCAAUUCGAAGGGAAUCAAGAUAAAUGUGUCAAAGAACAAUCGCAAGACCUCCUGGACUUCUUGGACCAAAACAAUCUCCAGGAGAACUUUGGCCCGCAGGUCAGCAAACUUAAAGAGAUGCAGGAGAAAGUAGAUCAACAUGAGCAGAAGAUAAGCCACCUGACGGAAAGAGUGGAUCAUCUGGAGCAGAAGAAACCUGAUCAUCAAGUGCUUUCUGACAAACCUCUUAAGUACAAGAAUCAUCUUUUUGAAUUUGCCCGUAAAAAGCUUUGGCCAGAGCCUGUAUUUACAGAGGAGCGAGAACCCGAAGGUUAUAAGGCUAAGGUGGAGGUCAAUGGACAAACUUUUUUCGGCAGGAGAGUGUGGAACAGCAGUAAAGCUGCCCAUCAGGAGGUAGCAAACAUUGCUCUUCAGAACCUGCAGGCUGAUAAUACAGAGGAACCAUCAAGUUCAACAUUACUGCCUUCCUUAGGGAUUUAUUUUGGUAAAGUGACUGUGGUUCUUGACCGAGAAGUUGCAUCUGGUGGCUGCUAUUCAAACAAGGUGGAAGCUAUUGAAUCAGCUUUUGAGGAUUUAUGGAAACAUUUACAAGAUGUUGUGGGUCCAGUGCAAGGUCACACAUACAAGUCAGCGAUCCUGGAUUAUUUCAACAAACAUGGGUUCCAAAACCCUGAAGAAGAGUUUGUUCAAAAUGAUGACGACACAACCAUCUGCAAACUGAGACUCAGCGGCCCUUUCACUUUCCAUGAUACAGUCGGUUCCACCAAGAAGAAACAGGCAGAGCAUCAGGCGGCUGAAGUUGCUCUGAAACAUUUAUCAAAAAUCCUCAACAGUGGUCCAAUAUCAGACAAUGUGAAAAACUUUAAAGGCAUUCUGAAGGAGAGUUUAGAAACACAUGCUCUCAGCGCUCCUGUUUAUGACACAGAAAGUAAAGACGUUCCUGGAGGAACCGGCCCAGAACCUUCAAGCCUGUGUGUCACACAGGCAUCGGUGAAACGGCCUUCAGACGUGCAGCCUGACAGCAUCUCCACAUCAUGUCAGAGUCAUGUGUCAGUCAGUGCUCCUGCUUCUGUGUUGGACCCUGAAGAUUCCAGUUUUCCAGACUCGCAGAGUAAAAAAGCCAGAAUUGAUUCUUCAGAUAAUAUAUCAGCAACAUGUAUCACCUACUUUGGUAAAGUUACUGUGAGUCUUGAUCGAGAAAUUGUAUCGGAUGGAUGCUGUUCGAACGAGAAGGAAGCAAGUGAAUCAGCUUAUAAAGUUUUAUGGCAACAUUUACACAUCGAUGCCUUAAGUGAAGGUCAGACACACAAGUCAGCCAUUCUGGAAUAUUUCAACAAACAUGGCUUUCAAAACCCGGCAGAAGAGUUUGUUCGAAAUGACGACGACACAACCAUCUGCAAACUGAGACUCAGCGGCCCUUUUAUUUUUCAUGACACAGUCGGUUGCACCAAGAAAAAACAGGCAGAGCAACUGGCAGCUAAAGUUGCUCUGAAACAUUUAUCAAAAAUCCUCAACCGUGGUCCAAUAUCAGAAACUGAGAAAAACUUUAUAGGUGUUCUGAAGGAGAGUUUAGAAACACAUGCUCUCAGCGCUCCUGUUUAUGACACAGACAGAAAAGACGUUCCUAGAGGAACCAGCCCAGAACCUUCAAACAUGUGCGUCACCACCAGUGAGGCACCAGUGAAACAACCUUCAGUCCUCACCAUAUCAUCUCAUCUCCCAUCACGUCAGAGUCAUGUGUCAGUCUGUGCUCCUGCUUCUGUGUUGGACCCUCAAGAUUCCAGUUCUCCAGACUUGCAGAGAAAAAAAAACAGAAUUGAUUCUUCAGAAAUCGACAUGCUGCUCACCGUUUGGGAUCUCACACCGCCACAGGUGAAGGUCGAGAACAUCGAGUAUGAUGAGAACUUCAAAUGUACUGUGGAAAUCAACUUGGAAAAUUUCACUUUUACAAACAAACAAGGCUACGACACCAAGAAGGAAGCCAUUCGCAAAACCUACAUGUUAUUUGGCUGCGCAAUGGGAAUUUUUGAACGUAGUAUAGAUGAAAAGACAUCCAGUGCUCAAGUAAAGCAGCACUUUUCUCAGAAAUCUCUCGCCCUUCCUCAGGAAGAUUUUGAAGGUUCUGCAAAGCCAUUCUGUUGCUCACUGAAGAACAUAACUUACAGAUUUACCUAUGAGGGACAAGGGCCUUCGGAGGGCGACGCCAAGUUACUUGCUCUCAAGAAAGCUCUAGGUUCACUAUCACCUUUAUUUGUCUCUACAUCACUAACGGCAGCGAAUAGUCCCGAAAAAGUGCAGGAUCAACUGAGCUGCAUGUUAAAGGGGGCUGAUCAGAAAGAUCCAGUGAUCUCAAUGGACGGGUCGCUGGUGAAGACCACCAUCCAGCUGAAUUUCACUGAUCAUACAGUCAAGUGCACAUGCAAAAGCAGCAAGAAAGCUGCUCGGAAUCAUCUCAGUUUACGCAUACUGGGCCUGCUGGGGGUGAAAACCGAUUCAGACAGUACGUCUCUGAGAACCCGUUUAAAUGAGUGGUUUAUAAAGCAGAAGCUAACGCAGCCUGUGUUUGAAGACACUGAAGAAGCCCUCGGAGCCAAAGCGACAUUCUCUGCUCAGUUCACCUGCUGUAGUCCAGGUUGGGAGGACAACUGGGAAACAUCAAAAAAGAAGCUGCUUGAAGAACUCAAAAAGAGAUUUCAGUUUCUAAACGACUAAAACACAGAAAAUCUGAUAUCUGCCAAAAAUUUUUUAAAAAAUUUAGUAUUUGACUUAAUCCGUUUGCAUUUUAAAAUGCAUUUUUUUAGGUGGUAACACAGUAAACUUUAUUUAAUUCAAGAGGGCUUUAAAAACAAGGACACUAAAGUUACUUUAAUUAAGUUAUUCAUUUAAUAAGGAGCUUUAAUAUUCUUGGAUGAAACCAUUUUUAAUAUUCAUAACACACAAUGGUUGGUACAGCAUUCAUGUUGACUGCAACUCAAUGAUGGGCCAUCAUUAUACUUUAUAUCAGUGCUGGGAAUUUGUAAUGCGAUGUGUGUCUGUGCAAUCGACAAAUGGUGUAUUUGUCUUUUUCUACUGUUUUAAGAACAUAUGAAUUCUGAUGUCAAUUGCCCAUUGUGUAAUUUUAAGGCUGAUUAAAAUAAACAAAACAUUAACAAAGAA